GCUGCGCUGUUGCCCUUUUAAGCGAGCGAGCGGGCGCGGGAGGCCGGUACAAAGGGAGCUCCGCCGUGCCCCGCCGGCUGGGGCUGCCCCGGCCCCGCCAUCUUCCGCCCCGCAGGCGCGGCCGGGGCCAGGGUCGGGCCGGCCCAGGCGGAGGGAGGCGGCGGCAGCGCAGGCCCGGGCCCGGAGAUGAGGCCAGGAUGUCGGUGUCAGGGCUCAAGGCCGAGCUGAAGUUCCUCGAGUCCAUCUUCGACAAGGACCACGAGCGCUUCCGCAUCGUCUCCUGGAAGCUGGACGAGCUCCACUGCCAGUUCGUGCUGCUGCCGCCGCCGCCGGGCUCCAGCCCGCAGCCGCCGCCGCCGCUCACCAUCCACUGCAACAUCACGGAGUCUUACCCCUCUUCAUCACCAAUAUGGUUUGUAGAAUCAGAUGACCCAAACCUGACUUCAGUCUUAGAGCGUUUAGAAGAUAUUAAGAAGAGCAAUACUCUGCUUCUUCAACAGCUGAAGCGAUUAAUAUGUGACCUCUGCAGAUUAUAUAAUCUGCCUCAGCAUCCAGAUGUUGAAAUGUUAGAUCAGCCCUUGCCAGCUGGACAGAAUGGAACGACAGAAGAAGUUACAUCAGAGGAGGAGGAAGAAGAGGACAUGGGUGAAAUCUCAGCUGUGAGGUACUUGGAUACAGAGAAUGGGACAUCUGUUUGUGCUUUAGUCAAACAAUUCAUAACAUUGUGUGCCAAAGCAGACAUUGAAGAUCUGGAUCACUAUGAUAUGAAGGAGGAGGAACCAGUUGAUGGGAAGAAGUCUGAGGAUGAAGGCAUCGAAAAAGAGAACCUUGCAAUCUUAGAAAAAAUCAGAAAAAAUCAAAGGCAAGAUCACUUAAAUGGUGCAGUCUCUGGGUCAGUUCAGGCUUCAGAUCGACUUAUGAAAGAACUCAGGGAUAUAUAUAGAUCACAGAGUUAUAAAACAGGGAUAUAUUCAGUGGAACUGGUAAAUGACAGCUUGUAUGAAUGGCAUGUUAAGCUUCUCAAGGUUGACCCUGAUAGCCCACUGCAUAGUGAUCUUCAGGUCUUAAAAGAAAAAGAAGGUGUAGAAUACAUUUUACUCAACUUCUCUUUUAAGGAUAACUUCCCUUUCGAUCCUCCCUUUGUGCGAGUGGUAUCUCCUGUGCUCACAGGAGGGUAUGUCCUAGGUGGAGGUGCAUUAUGCAUGGAACUUCUUACUAAACAGGGCUGGAGCAGUGCCUACUCAAUAGAAUCAGUCAUCAUGCAGAUCAAUGCCACUUUAGUCAAAGGAAAAGCCAGAGUACAGUUUGGAGCCAAUAAGAAUCAAUAUAAUCUAGCAAGAGCACAGCAGUCCUAUAAGUCGCUAGUACAAAUCCAUGAGAAGAAUGGCUGGUACACUCCUCCAAAAGAAGAUGGCUAACGCUGAGGACUGUUGUCUACCUGGACCAAUGUCAACAAAACAAGCUCUUUUUUUAUGUUUUCCAACACACAGACUCAAGCUAUGAGUGCCCCUAUAACAGCUGUACUGAGGACUUUAGCUAUUAGAUAAGUUAGUGGAUAAUCUGUCAACUGACACGUACAGUAUAAGUUACAGCCUUACCAUUCCGCUCUCCUUAGGUAUCUGGACUGAGCAGUUUGGGCCUUUACCACAUUUGUUCUUAUGGAUUAAGCAUAUUUGGGCCACGCCCUCCCUUCUCCUCGUUUUUUUAUUUGAAAGCAUAAGCUCUCCCUACAGCAGGCUACCGACUUACUAAAAGAUCAUUCAGUAGGAGUGAGUUUGUUCACACACUUUUGUGUAUUUCUUACCUUUUGCAAAAUGCAGACUGCAGAGACUUGCGUUGUAUCGUUUCAUUUAAAGCCAAGAAGUUUAAUACGUUGUUUAAUACCGUUUUAGGAGAUGUCAGGUCUUGCAAAUCACAGUAGUUUUUUUUUUUUUUUCUGGUCUAAAAUGACGGCGUUUGUAGUAUUUCCAAAUUAAUGAUAUAGGAAAAACACAUGUAUGUUAAGUCAUUAAACAUUUUUCAUGGCUGUAUGA